AUGGCCUCUGGAAUUCUGCGAGUCAAAGAUGACGCUGUCGUCGAUGGGAAUGGGCAACGAGUGGUGCUGCGAGGUGCGGCACUUGGGGGGUGGAUGAACAUGGAAAACUUCAUCACCGGAUUCCCAGGCCACGAGUCUCAACACCGAGCUGCUAUGAAAAAGGUUCUUGGACAGGAGAAGUACGAGUUCUUCUUCGACAAAUGGUUGGAAUAUUUCUUCACCGAAGCGGACGCCGAGUUCUUCGCGGAGUUGGGACUCAACUGUCUUCGACUACCAUUCAAUUAUCGCCAUUUCGAAGAUGAUUUGAAUCCACGCGUUCUGAAAGAGUCGGGAUUUGAGCAUUUGGAUCGGGUGGUUAACCUGUGUGCUUCGCACGGUAUCUACACAAUCCUCGACAUGCACACCGCGCCAGGAGGCCAUAAUCCUGACUGGCACUCCGACAAUCCGACCAGCUAUGCCGCGUUCUGGGAUUACAAAGAUCACCAAGAUCGCACGGUCUGGCUGUGGGAGCAGAUUGCCGCGCGGUAUAAGGAGAACUCCUGGGUCGCUGGGUACAAUCCUCUCAAUGAACCAUGUGACCCCGAACAUGUUCGACUUCCCGUGUUCUACGCUCGGAUCGAGAAGGCGAUUCGCGCCGUUGAUCCUGAUCAUAUUCUUUGGUUGGAUGGGAAUACAUUCUCUAUGGAGUGGAAGGGGUUUAAUACCGUCUUACCUAAUUGUGUCUAUGCGAUGCAUGACUACUCAUCCAUGGGCUUCCCAAGCGGCGAGCGAUACAAGGGGACCCCCACACAAAAAGACCGACUAGUGCGACAAUACGAGCGCAAAAUCCAAUUCAUGGCCUCACACAGAACCCCAAUCUGGAACGGCGAAUUCGGCCCCGUCUACGCAGCCCACGAUGACGCCGACGCAGAAACCAUAAACCAAGAACGAUACAAUCUUCUCGGCGAACAACUCCGCAUCUACGAAAAGCACCGCAUCAACUGGUCCAUCUGGCUCUAUAAAGACAUCGGCAUGCAGGGAAUGGUCUACACGAACCCGCAAAGUAAAUGGAAUCAAACCAUCGCGCCGUUCCUCAAGAAGAAGCGGGAAUUGAGACUUGAUAAGUGGGGACAGCACCCUGCGACGGAAGGCGAGGCUUUGCUGAGGCCGUUGGUCGAGUGGAUUGAUCGUGUUAGUCCGACGGCGAGGAAUACGUAUCCGACGUCUUGGAAUACGGAGAUGCAUGUUACCCGGAAUGUGUUUAAUACAUUUUUGGCAGCUUCUUUUGUGGAGGAGUUUGCCAUGUUGUUUGAGGGGAAAGAUGAGGAGGAGUUGGAGGAGUUGGCGAGAAGUUUUAGUUUCGAGGAGUGUUUACAGCGGGAUGGGCUGAAUCGCAUUUUGAGGGAGCAUGCGCGCGUGGCGCAGUGA